AUGGGUAUCACUAACAAUCGGUAUUCCUUACCAUCAAAUCUCGGACUAGACGAAGCAGAUCAACCACUUUGGUUGGAAGAAGCUGAAAAAGCAAAGACUCUGAUUCGUGAGGGGCAAGCAAACACAGCAGCAAAGCGACUCAGACUGGAAGCUGAAACAGGUCUUCCAUUAAAUAAUAAACGAGCUCCAACAAUUUCAACUCCAUUGGCUAGUUUACAAGACCGAUUGACUGCCAAUACUCGAAGAACUCUCGACCCUUUUUUAUCUUCUUUCUCUUCUCGAUCUAUUGCAACCUCUCGUCUUCGCUCUUGGCUUGGUUCAUCUCACAUUGUCGUCCGGCCUACACUCUCUAAAUCAUCAUCUAGUUCUAUUCUCAAAGCGCCGACCCCUCAAAAACCCAAGCUUGAACAAAAGUGA